AUGGCAUCCCAAGAACAUCGCUCCGACCGAGACUCGACGACGCGCCCGCGGCUUCCUCUAGUUCAGUCGCGCGAGACGGGCGACAUUGUUCCACUGUCGCCUCAAGAUGGCCAAGAUGGACCAGAAAAGGCCAAUCCCUUUGCCAAGUCCUGGGCACACUUUGUCGCAGGAGGACUCGGGGGCAUGACCGCUGCAGCCCUGACGGCGCCGCUGGACGUGCUCAAGACGCGGCUGCAAUCCGACUUCUACCAAGCCCAGGUCCGAGCCAGCCGCGCAUCCCACACGGCGACCCUCAACCCCGUCCGAGCCGGGAUGCAGCACCUCAACGAGACGCUCCAGAUCCUCGCCUCGGUAUACCGGAUCGAAGGGCCCAGGGCGCUGUUCAAGGGCCUGGGCCCCAACCUCGUCGGCGUGGUCCCGGCCCGCUCCAUCAACUUCUACACGUACGGCAACGGCAAGCGGCUGAUCGCGCAGUACCUCAACGGCGGCCGCGAGGCCGUGUGGGUGCACCUCAGCGCCGGCGUGCUGGCGGGGAUCACGACCAGCACGGCGACGAACCCGAUCUGGAUGGUCAAGACGCGCCUGCAGCUGGACAAGAACGUGGCCGAGCAGAGCGGCGGCCUGACGAGGCGCCGCUACAAGAACAGCUGGCAAUGCGUCCGCGACAUUGUCCGCGACGAGGGCGUCCGCGGCCUGUACAAGGGCAUGAGCGCCAGCUACCUCGGCGUCGCCGAGUCCACCCUGCACUGGAUCCUCUACGAGCAGAUGAAGGGCUCGCUGGCGAGGCGCGAGGCACUUAUCCAGCUGAGCGGGAGGGAGAAGAACUGGUGGGAUCACACUGUUGACUGGACCGGCAAGGUCGGCGCCGCCGGGGCCGCGAAGCUCGUGGCAUCGGUGUUGACUUACCCACACGAGGUCGCCCGGACACGGCUACGACAAGCGCCCCUUGCCGAUGGCCGGCCCAAGUACACCGGACUCGUCCAGUGCUUCAAGCUCGUCUUCAAGGAAGAGGGCAUGAUGGGCCUCUACGGCGGCAUGACCCCGCAUCUCCUCAGGACGGUCCCUAGUGCCGCCAUCAUGUUCGGCAUGUACGAGGGCAUCCUGCACUUGCUACACACACCUGCUUAA